CAGUUUAAACGGUUGUUUGCAUGUUACAGGAAAACACAAUCAGCCAUGUCCGCCGUCAGCAGCUCAAACACAGCCUUUGCCUUGGAGCUGUUCCGCACUCUGAGCCAGACAAACCCUGCUGGAAACAUCUUUGUCUCUCCUCUGAGCAUCAGCUCAGCCCUGGCCAUGGUCUACCUGGGAGCUAAAGGAAACACUGCAGCUCAGAUGGCUCAGGCCCUCUCAUUCAGCUCAGGUGAAGGCGUCCAUGCAGACUUCCAGAAACUGAACGCUGACAUCAACUCAUCAUCUGCAUCCUACAUCCUGAAACUAGCCAACCGUCUUUAUGGAGAAAACACUGCCCACUUCCUCCCAGACUUCCUUGAAGCCACACAGAAGUACUACCAGGCAGACCUGAAGGCUGUGGACUUCAUCGGAGCUCCAGAGGCGUGCAGAGCAGAGAUCAACAGCUGGGUCGAGCAGCAGACAGAAAAUAAGAUAAAAGACCUUCUGAAGCCAGGAACAGUCAACGCAGAAACCAGUCUGGCUCUGGUUAAUGCUGUCUACUUCAAGGGCAACUGGAGGAACCCAUUUGAUGAGGCAAACACCAAAGAGAUGCCCUUUAAAGUCAAACAGAAAGAGACCGUACCAGUCCAGAUGAUGUACCAGAGGAAUAAGCUUCUUAACCUUUCCGUCUCACAUUCCUAA